ACAACCAUUGGUCAGGGGCAAAUAUUACUGGCUCUGCGUCCUCAGUCACUCCGUGCCAUUUCACCAAGUAGGAGCCAAAGGAAAGCUUGAAAAAUGAAAAUGUUGGCAAGACUCGUUCUGGGACUUGUCAUCUUCAAUGCUGCUGGGACUGCUCCAACUCUGGAACCCAUCAACUAUGACUCAGAAACAUACGAUGCCACUUUGGAGGACCUGGAUAAUUUAUACAACUAUGAAAACAUACCUAUUGGUCAAGCUGAGAUUGAAAUAGCCACAGUGAUGCCUUCUGGCAACAGAGAGCUCCUUACCCCACCCCCACCGCCAGAGGAAGCUGAAGAAGAGGAGGAGGAGGAGUCCACCCCCAGACUGAUCGAUGGCUCUUCUCCACAGGGGCCUGAAUUCACAGGGGUUCUGGGCCCACACACCAACGAAGACUUUCCAACCUGCCUUCUGUGUACGUGUAUAAGUACCACCGUAUACUGUGAUGACCAUGAACUUGAUGCUAUUCCUGCGCUACCCAAGAACACUGCUUAUUUCUAUUCCCGCUUCAACAGAAUUAAAAAGAUCAACAAAAAUGACUUUGCAAGCCUAAAUGAUUUAAGAAGGAUCGAUCUGACAUCAAAUCUAAUAUCUGAGAUUGAUGAGGAUGCAUUCAGAAAGCUACCUCACCUCCGGGAGCUUGUCCUGCGUGACAAUAAAAUAAGGCAGCUCCCCGAACUGCCAAAUACUUUGACAUUUAUCGAUAUCAGCAACAAUAGGCUGGGAAGGAAAGGAAUAAAACAAGAAGCAUUUAAAGAUAUGUAUGAUCUCCAUCACCUCUACCUCACCGAUAACAAUUUGGACCACAUCCCUCUGCCACUCCCAGAAAAUCUACAGGCCCUUCACCUUCAGAAUAACAACAUUUUGGAGAUGCAUGAAGAUACUUUCUGCAAUGUUAAAAAUUUGACUUAUAUUCGUAAGGCGCUAGAGGACAUUCGAUUGGAUGGAAACCCUAUCAAUCUCAGCAAAACUCCUCAAGCGUACAUGUGCCUACCUCGUUUGCCUAUUGGAAGUCUUGUCUAAUUUGAGAUAAUGGUUAGCAUUAUGAUGCCCACUAUAAUGGAACAAUUCUUACUCCUUUCUUCAAAAACAGAAACUCAGCAGGAUACUUUCAAAUUGUGUUCUAAAAAAUGAUAUACAACUAGAAGUUUUAAGAUAUGAUGACAAUUUAGCAAGUUAAGCAAACACCAGGUGAGUCAGGAAUAAAACCAAAUGGUGUACAGUAAGAGCAAAAAUAAAUGAUAACAAAUAUUUCAUAGGUACUCUUGUAAAUCACAUGUAACUUGCAAGUUUUAAGGAUUUAUAUCCCAUAUAAUUUCAAGUUAAGUCUAAUAAAGAAAAAUACAGAAUGAACACGUUAGGUGUAUUGCCAAGAUUUAGAUGUUUUUAAUUAAACUUUUCUAUUCCUUUUUUUUUUUUUUACUAAGGCAUGUUUCUGUUUCCCAAUUUAUUAAUGAGAAUGAAGGAGAGAAUAAAAGAAUUUGAAAUUUA